AUGGAGGCGUCAGCCCCUGACCGUGACCGCGAUCACGUCCGAAAUUUAUGCAAAUAUUCUCACAAUGUCCUCUCGGAAGAGAACUUUAAAGUCCUGAAACACCAUCAGCUCUCUGGACUGAACAAAGAAGAAUUAGCAGUGCUUCUCAUCCAGAAUGACCCUUUCUUUAUGCCUGAGAUUUGCAAAAGUUACAAGGGAGAAGGUAGAAGACAGAUUUGUAGCCAGCAGCCGCCGUGCGAAAGGCUCCACAUCUGCGAGCACUUCACCCGAGGGAACUGUGGCUAUGCCAACUGCCUCCGGUCUCACAACCUGAUGGACAGAAAGGUGCUGGUGAUCAUGAGGGAGCACGGGCUGAGCCCCGAGGUGGUGCAGAACAUCCAGGACAUCUGCAACAACAAGCACAGCCGCAAGAGGCUGGUGCCCAGAGCUCCCCCCGCACGUGGUCGGGACCCGGCCUAUCGAGGCAGAAGCAAGAGCAGAGAUCGAUUCUUUCAGGGCGGUCGAGAAUUUCCUCCACCCGCCCACGGCUCGACGGGGCGGUCCGGCACACCCAGUCCAGAUAGCGCGGGCCGCAGGUCUCCCCUGGAGGACCUGCCUGUAGAGGACCUCACCUUCAAGUUCAUGCACCUGGGCAGUCAAGACGGCCCUCGGCCUUCCUCAGCCUCACCCAAGGCUGCCGGUCUGGGAGGAAGCCCGAGGCUUUCGGAGAACGGCCUUCCAGAAGGCCUCUUUUAUGGGAACCCCGGCAGCGCGCACCUCGCUUCUGAUCUGACGCCCGCUCCGGGCUGGAAGGGCGCCGUCCCCUGGCCGAGCGACCGAGGCGGCAGAGAGAGCCCGCUGGCUCCCAGCCAGCCUGCCUCCUGCUCUCCCCUUGGCUCUCCUCGAACACCUGAACCCGUGACCAGCAGAAAGGGCGCUGGCGUGCUGUCCCCAGGCCUCCUGAACAUGGAGGGCAGAAGCGGGAAUCCAGAAACCCAGCAUCUCUCAAUUUUUAAUAAUUUGGACGGAAUGGCCACAGAGAUCGCUUCCUCGGGAUCUUUAAAUUACAAAACCGCAGGCAGUAGGCAGAGAGAAAAAUCGUUACCUAGGAAUCAGGAACCCGGGACCACUCCCCCUAAUCUUGACACCAUCCUUAUGGAUGAUGCUGAAGACAGAGAGCGGGUGUUUUGGGCCGGUAAAUCUCUCCACGACGCACCAAAUGGCUUUAGUAAAGUUGCGUGUCAAACUACCGGUGGCACUGAUUUGGACUUACCGUCGGGGGCCAGAGUGGGUAAAGAUGCGUUACUCUCUGCAAGUCAGAUUCUGAGGACCCAGGUCCUGCCCACACUGGGGGAGACCACUGCCCCCCCUGUGGUGAGCACUCUGCCCAAGGUGCCGCCUUCGACGGCUUCCUCAAGCAAUAGAACUGCAGCCUGUGAGGUCGAUGGUGCGAACUCUGCUCAGCUCUCCAUCUCCGCUGCCAGUGAACUUGCCAGGAGGACCCCGGGCUCUGCUCUGAAUUCUCUGUCUGACAUCUUGAGUACCGGGGAUAAUCCUGGCUCAGAGGAAAUCUGUCUCGACCAUCUGUCUAAGGGUUGUCAACGCAGAGACUGCAACAAAGUUCACUUCCACCUGCCCUACCGGUGGCAGAUGUUCAUAGCAAACACCUGGACGGACCUCCAGCCCAUGGACAGUAUUGAGAAGGCCUACUGUGACCCCCAAGUCCGAGUCCUUACUAUCGGAAAUUCAGAAAUCAAUUUCCAGAAAAUGACUUGCGGUCUUAUGCCCAUCCGACGUAUCUCCACGCCUUCCUCUGUCACGAUGCCAGACAAUUCUCUCUUCACCACAAAGUGGAUUUGGUAUUGGAGGAGUGGACCUCACAGAUGGGUUCAGUAUGGGGAGAAGGUGAGCAGGCAGCAAGCUUCAAGCGUUGACUCUUCAUACCUGGAGUCUUUCUUCCUCUUCUGUCCGAGGGGUGUUGUGCCAUUUCAAGUGGGUGCAGAGAACUUUGAGCUGAGUUUCCAAGGAAUGAUUCAGACAAACGUAUUUUCCAAGACCCAAAAGGACGUCAUCAGAAGGCCGGCGUUUGUGUCUGCCCCGGACGUGGCGCAGGUGAAGACUGGGCCAGACCAUCAGCCGGAGGAGACCCCAACAGAGCCUGCAGUCUCGGUAUUUCUUCCCCAGAAGAAGUUUCCCUCUACCCCGCUGAAUGGAUAUGAGUUGUUAGAGAUGGAUAACUCUUCUUCGGAAUAUGCCCAAAUAAGUGAGUAUUUCAGAGCGACCAUGAAAAACGUCAAGAUUGAAAAGAUCAAGAAGCUCAAGAAUGCACAGCUCUUGAAGACUUUUGAAAGGAAGAAAAUCGGGAUGAAAAGGGUCAACGAAAAGUGGCUGUUUUGUGCAACACGCCGCGCCCACGUGGAUUCUAUCUGCGCGAAUAAUUUUGACUGGAUCUUGCACGGGAUUCCUGAAACCACAUAUGGAAAAGGAAAUUACUUCAUGAAAGAUGCCAUCAGUGCCCAUAAAGUUUGCCAGCAUGAUCCCAAAAACAUCGUUAUGUUUGCAGCCCGAGUCCUGGUUGGAGAUUUUAUUGAAGGAAAGAGGCAUUAUACGAGACCUCCUCCAGGCUAUGACAGCUGUGUGGACUUAAAGUGGAACCCUUCCGUUUUUGUCAUCUUUCAGAAGGAUCAGAUUUACCCAGAGUACGUGAUUGAGUAUACUGAAGCAGAUAAAGCCUGCGUGAUUAGUUAGAAACGGGGAGUCCGCCGUCAUAAAGGGCGCCGUAACUGUUCCGUCCACUUACAGAACCGGAUUGCCCCGGAUAACUGUUCAACUUUUUUUACGUUUCCCCAUCUAGUUAUCAAAUGCCUUAGCUCAGUGGUUCCCAAACUUUGCUGCACAUUCGAGUCAUCUGGAAACUUUAAAAAAAAAAAAAUCUCCGUGUCCAGAGUGCACCCCAUUCCAACUAAAUCACUUUCUGCAGGCCGGAGCCAGGCAGCCAUAUGUGCCAUAAAGUUUGGGAACCCACCGCCUUCGUCGUAACUGCUGAAGACUGACUUCUCAUACUUCUGUGGUUGCAGCGACCUUCCUCUCAUAGUUUACUGCACGGACGGUUUUGUUUUGGUUAAAUUGAAAAAAAAAUUAAUUUGGGAACUUGGAGAGAAAUGUAAGAAUGCCUGUUGAAGUAAAGGCAUGAGACGGGGUAGUCUUAGAUGGAA